AUGGAAUCAACUGCCGAUAUUCGAAUGAUAGUUCAAGUUGUUCGACCUCAUCUACCAAAAACUUCAUAUGGUGUCCGCGAUGUUAGUGCUCAAGGCGGCAAAGAUUUCGUCACCGUAACAUAUCACCUUAAGGCUCACAUCGAAACAGAAGUUUUUGAAUUUGUCGGUGCGACACCUUCGCACCAAACUAGACAAAGAUGAAGACCUUGAAUUAUUAUAAAGUAUUGUCUAUAGGUGUAAGUUUGAUUUACUGCCUGAAGAGAUGAAAUCAGCAGCCGAUAUUUGAAUGGUUGUUCAAUGUUUUCGACCUCAUCUACCAAAAACUUCAUAUGUUAUAUAUGGAACAACCUAUAGGUGGUGUUACCGGUUUCAUUGCGUGUCCUGGUAGUGCAUUUUCGAGAGACAAUAUAUCUUGAAUAUGAUUGUCUGGCCAAUCAAAACGACACAUAUGUAAAAUUCUUUCUUGGACAACCAUUCGGUUCCAACGGUGACCAUCAUCGACUUUAAUUGAAAUUUAUUGGCAGUAUAUUUUAUUAAUCUUUUUUCCAGUUUCACAUUACUUUACAGUGUGUUUGUUCUAUUACAAUAGUCCGAAAGGUCCUGUAACAUGCUAAGAUUCCGCGAAGCAAUCAUUGUAAUUUUAGGAUGGUUCUGCGCAAAACUAGCUGAGCCCAGGACUGCUUGGGUUAGGCAUUCCCGUCCCCAAAAGAACGUCCAGCUUUCUAAAUCGAUAAGCGAGCAUAAGGUCGUUUUCAAUGUACCAGUCACGUCACACUCCCCCAUCGUCCCGAACAUGCCAAGUCCAACGAAAACGUGAAGACAAAACCAGAACUGUAUUCCUAACACAUUGGUUAGUUGUUAUGUAAUCUUCGACUAAAAUGCUGCACGUGAUGUGCAUUUAUGGAUCUGAAUAAUAUAAGACGCAACAGUUUGGCCGUGAGGUGCGAAGUAAAAUGUCUACGGAAUUGACAUCUAAUAACAAACUAUAAAAAAAACCUUGAAAAAGGUCAUGGUCUGUUAGUUAUGUUGGAGAAUACAAAUUAGUUCUUUCCUUCAAGGAUACUCAAACAAACAACCAACAGUCCACUAGAGAAGUAGAAAGAGAGUUGUUAAAUUUCAUACAGACAGUUAUUGUUAUUACAAAAAUAAGUUAAAGGAAUCAGCCCGAAUGAAGUGAGUGAUGGUCCAUCCGUGGGCAUACAAAACAAAACAAAACCGGCAGCAAAUUCUCACAAAUCUAUAGAUCCAUAUUCUUCAGCUCCCGAUUUUUCAACUUCAAAAAUGCAGUAUUGACAAUACCGUCCUAAGUGCAAUGCGAAACUUCUAGAACUACCUAGUGCCUAACAUAAAUCGUCUUCAUAAUUCUUCCUUUUUGUGAAUUGGAAACUGAAAUUGUUGAUUAUUACCGUAUUUAAUGCUGAAAUAAACAGUUGGGGUUCGUGUUGCAAAUCCCAUGUCUAAUCUCUCAAAACAGGUUAUUCACCGGAACUUCCUACCAACUUCUGAAAUGCCAUUACUGAUCAGUUUUUAGCCAUGUAUAUAACAGGUUUGUACUCAUAAAACACUCUUACAUGAAAACUGUUUAUUGUCCGAAAACGAAAAUACGCAUCUGAAGAUGAGUAAUGCAGUAUAAUUUACGAAAUUUCAACUGUAAUAUGAACUUAUAAAGUUAACAUAUGCCAUUUAACAACAUAUUUGGUCUUCAUAUUCUACUACAAAAAAACACUUACAUACUUAUUACAGAUUGUAGAACAUUUAUUGUCGUUGUGAGACGGGCUCAUGUAACACCUACGUCAUUUUUUACUUUAACAACUGCAAGGAUCAAGAACUCUGGGCUGAGAAGUCGACGGCUUCUUUGCAUGGCUGAACGAAGCUCCCUAGGUAGUCUUGGUUCCGAUAAACGUCGUCUCAGAUGAAGUUCAAUUAGAGUUUGCCUCAGGGAACAAUAAAAUUUCGUCGCCUAAUAGAAUUUCCAGUCCCAGACCGGAACAAAAACAAAGGAAUUUACAGAAGCUGUAUGCAUAAUAGGAUACCAAAUAGUACAAGGCCAUCUUCUCGUUCUUUAACCUGUAUUGUAAUUUACAUACUUCCGAUCUAAUGCAUCACCUCCCGCCUUCAUGGAGUGAUACAAAUAAUAUAGAAUCAUAUCAGGCUUCUUUGAUUCUUCUACUAUUUUGUUAUCAUACUGCAAUACGAGAACGUGUUUCUUCGGUUUUAGAACUUCGACACUAAGGUUGUAGUGCAAGUGUACAUAAACUUAGAAGUACCUGGCCGUGUUUUAUUAUUUAGAACUACAUAUUGAGGUAUUUUUUUCUUAUUUUUACGGUUCCUCCCGACAUAGGUCAGUUGGCUGUUGCGCAAUUCUACAUCUAAUUCUAUUGACGUGAACCAGUGAUGUGCGGUGAUAUUUCUGUUCGUUUAGACGAAAGCAUUGAGCAGGUAGUGAGUAUUUGCAUCACAAAGGCAUAGCAUCUUCAGUCCCUACUUGUUCUGUUUAGUAUUCUUGUAUGUUCAGAAAGAACAUCGGCCCACGAGCAACUCGUCUUUUGCAGGGACUCACCCAUGAUAUAACAAUUCCCUCAGUUCGGUAUGAAUAUCUCAAACAUUUCACGUAUGGCGUAAUGCAUCUGCCUUUCUCGAGUCACUGGUAGAAAUACUAUGAAACCUCUAUGUGGCUAGCAAAAACAUGAACCUCUUUAGGGGCCUAGUAGCACGGAAAAUGUCUCUGCCAGUGCAGUCUGAUGCAAAUAAACCUUCGACAUUUUGAUGGUUGGAUUUGAAAACUGAUGUCAAAUAGAGCUAGCCAAAAAAUGCUUUGAUCUCGGCUGAAUCUGUGUAAUUUAUAUAUGAAGCUGUUUUUCCAUAUUUACUGGAUAUAUUUUCUUAUUUGUACAAUCCACAAUUUUGCUAAUAAUUUCAUCGGUUAUGAGAAGAGAUCUGUAGUUGACAGGUACUUAUCUUCCAAAUUGCUUGCCACGGGUUUUAGUUAGGUUAGGUAAAUACGUAAUAAUAUUAUGUCGUCUGGUUCGACCAUUUGCAGGCGCAAAUUUUGACCAUUUGUGCAUGAUUUUGUCUAUAAUCAUAGCCUACGGAUGUUAGUGGAAAGUCUGAAGAACAGUCCGAGUCCGCUCUGUACGGUGUCAAAAUCGAGGUCGACCACAGGAACUUGUUCGGGUUGAUCGAUAACAGCGUCGUCCUCGGUAUCGUCUAUGGUGUAUUGGUGUAUUGUUCAUCCGUCAAUAAUGAAAAAAUCCAUUGUGAAAGAAGUUCAAAACGUACACGCAACUGGUAUCGCCGGGUCAAAUUUGAAUAUGAGAAGUCACGGGAUCCCACCUCAUAACUGAGAAAGAGUCGAAUCAGAGACGAAUUAAAGAUGCUCUGGGUCAAUUUUCACCCGAUGAUACCAUUAAAGGAUUAAAUUCUUCCAUAUUCCUAAACGAAUCCAUAAAAUGGAAUGAACUUUGUCCGUGAAUAUUCUCCGAGCAAAGCGUCUCAAGUGCAGUUUUGAUCUCUGCGCCCUGAUUACAAAUAGUGCAUAGUAUCCUUCACUAGAUAAUAAGCCACAUCCUGCUUAUAAUUUUUACGCAUCCCUCAUGUCAACAAGGGCGUGAUUAGCGAACUUGUUAGUUAUCUUCUCUUCUGUUAUCCACAAUUGACUUUCAAUGAUUUCCAUAAACUGAUGUCUCCCCUAAUUCUACAAAGAUUAAAUUGAGCUCAAAUCGCCCAUCUUGUUCAACUGUUUCUUUAACCAAGACAACUUAUUACAAGUGAUAUGGUGAAUUUGGUAUAUUUUAGAUUUCCUAUCUGUUAAAUCACUUUUACAGAGUUCUAGUUGCUUAUAAUUAGACCAUACCAUAAAGGGGUUUCCCAUUAAAAACGUGAAGCGAAUUCUGUUUCUUCACGGGUAGACGUAAUCCUUUGAUGAACGUGUGCACCUUGGCCCGUUACAUCGCGCUGCUGGAAACAGCAGCAGAUACUCUGGAAGGUAAAUUGUCAUUAUAGAUAGUUGAUUUUGGCAUUCAUUAAAACACUUAGUACUUGACUCCUGAGUUGAGUGAAGGAAGUUUUCUGACGUGAGGUAUUAAGGAAUUAAAAAAGAUGAGAUCCCUAUCGUCAUCAGUGAUAUCCUAUUUUUCUAGCAAUGAUCUUUUCUAAAUCAAAAAAUGCUUUGUCCAAGUCAUCUGUUUUGCUUCGAAUUAUGAGUUAUUUUCUUUGUAAUCUCAUAGUUGUGCGAGGAUUAUAAGUAAGUCACCUUGUACGAAGAAUUCGGCAGUGUAAUUGUUGUUGGCAGUAAUGCUUUUAAAAUAUUAAUUAAGAUUUCAUUCCAUAUCUCUUCACGGUUACGACGUAGUUUAUAGACUACCACUCCCUCCAUAUGCAUGCUUACGGGUAGAAACUAACAUUGGGCGUUUUUAAUGCAUCUAGUUAUACUCCAACUCAUAAUUAGUAUUAUUUCCCCGGAACACCAAUGAAAGCAGUAGUUUCUGACAGGCAACUUGUUUCUAUGCUAAACGGAAUGCGGAGGUUAAAUAGAAUUUUAACGAGUAGAAAUCUUCUUUGGUAUAUGGGUCUUUUUUUAUACUCCAACUACCACGAAGGCCUAAGGCGUAAACACCCAUUGGGUACCGUGGGGCUAUGGGGGGAUACAGGGGCAAGGGGGACGCCACACGGACUCUGGCGAGGGAACACGUGUGCAUGCAACAUGCACACAUUCUGGCUCCGCCUACGAGAUCUGCCGGGUGGUACCUCCACGUUCGACAGUCAGAGACCGUCUACCACCUACGGACAAUCACAACAUCCAUAGCCAAGAGAAAAUUUUCUGCUGGGACGGGACUCGAACCCGCACAGCGCAGGAGACCGAAGAGUCUACUACUGCGGCCACCGCUGCUGCCUCGUAUAGUAAAACUAAAAGAACAUGAACACAUAAAAAAACAUAAAACCAAAAGAACAUGAACACAAAUUAAAAAUUUACAUACAUUCAGUGCUACUAUCAUUACAUGAUAGAAAAACAAAUUGCAUACGACGAUGGGCAUAAAAAUGUAGGAGCUAGAUUUAAGGUUCCUCAAUAUCGUCAUUCAUGAUGGCCCGGCAGGCUGCACACACUUCAUUGUGAUCAGGACAUAGCAGGUGACAGUUUCUGCAAGAAUGCAUGCGCGAGACAACAUGUACCUCAUUGUCAUCUUUUGCUUCCUGUUUAUUCUGGAUCACUUUGUCAUCUAAGGCCAUUUGAGCCAUAUCGUGAUCAAUGACCUCUAAGAAGUCAUUAACUUCGGUGUCUGUCAUCAGGGAAGAUGCAUCCGGAUCAUGAAUCAGUGUUACAAGCAAAUCUGAAACCGAUGAGCAUGGAAGCGUCUCCCCAAAGCUCUCAACAAUUUUUCUCAAUCUGGCAACACUCCGGCUUCUAUUUACUUUCAGUUUGGAGAAAAAUGCAGCGCGAAAUCCGCUCCUCAAAUAUCUAGUAGAGCAAGUAGUAUGGGUAAUAGUACGACGAGAGGGGCCUUGUCUCUGUUGCUGGGACUUCCUCAGUGCCUCUGCGGUCUGUUCGGUCUGUCAGGAGGUAACCCUCUGUCGCGUGAGUCAUUAACCACACAAUGAAGCAACAUGGAGGACAAUUUUUUGUUGGUAUUGUUAUAAAAUUUUCUGGUCAUUUUUGUAAGGUUCGUUGUUUUUUCGGUGGCUGAACCGAAAACGGCGAAUGUGGAGAGUUUGAAUUAAAUAGUCUGUUUCUUCGAAUACAUUUUUCUCACUCAGAUCUUUUCUCGUCCUGUUUCGUCUCUCCAUCCCCAAGCUCUGCCACAACUGAAGACACUUGGUUAUUUCCCUCUAUCUCUUUUGGGUGAAUAUAGCCCGAAGAAAUAGCCCUGUGUAUAAGAAUCCUUAUAUCGACUAUCCCCUGAGCGACCUCUGGGUAUUUUAUUACAUUCUUUUUUAAAUUUGACUUUGAUGUUCUUCCAUUCGUUCUUUACGUUCUCUUAUGAAAAAUAAAAUGCUCUCCAUAACCAAACCGUCGUCAGAAAAAUUUAUAUUUCUUACAUCACUGAAGUAAAUUGUUGUAAAAUGUAUUAACGUAAACAUGAUCGUGUUUGUGUAAGAUUAUAAUCAAUAUAUUUUAUAUCGCCCUUAAACCCCUGACAUUUGACAGAUUUCAUUUUAGUGGUUUUCCAGGUGUUUAGCAACAGGCUAAUAAUACCCGUAAAAACCUUUGAACAAUGUAGCUAAAACAGAGUUCAUUGGAUCAAAUCAAAUAUAUAAUAAUAAUAAAGGCCUAUUAUUAAUAUUAUUAUUAUUAUUAUUUUGAUGCGCUACAACUACAUUACGUUAGCUAGAUGAACUCUCUUGUUGAUGUCCUAGUGCACCCAUAUACAUACAAGCAAAUAAUGACGCCAAUUACUGUACUAUACGUAGUAGGUGAUUACGUUCUAGCAAAGUCUGAGCGAGAGAUAUUCCUUUGGUCACGUUUGCAACUUCUUGAUACAAUACGUUAUACUCAUUUCGUAAACAUGUAUUAUGAUAUAUUAACUCCCAAUUGUUCUCUCCGCCGCAACUCCUGACCAGCAUCCGAAUGUAUCAGGAAAUGGGUGGCCUUCACAUUUUCAGAGUCUAUCAAUAGAAACAGUUAAAAUGUUCGUUCCCUGAUGAGACUGAUCUAAUGUGAUACCUGACAUUAUAACCUGCAUAGAAGUAUUGCAGUACAAAGAGCCAAACAAAAUGUGGUGCUACCGAUUUCUUAUACUACAAUUGAGUAGCAGACUUUCAUAAACGGCUAUGCUAUGUUCCAGAUAAAUCGAGAAAUGUAACAAAAACUGCCGUGUAUCUGCAAAUACCUGAUAUCGGCAAAAUUAUGCAAGAAAAUCACAUGUCCA